AUGUCUUCACGAAGCCAACGUGUUAGCAACGGGAUUGACUCCUUAGUGCGACGACUUCUUGUCGAAAUCCCUGGGGAGGAUCCCGCUGAGGCAGAGGAGAGAGAGCACAAUGCAAGGGACUUCGUCAGGGUGUUUUUGGGGAAUUCAAAGGGUCCUGCCAUUGUUGCGGACGUGAAUCAAGCCUCUGAUUUAAUCAAGAAACGGUUGAUACAAACAAAUCCGAGCCCCGAGAAAGCACUUUGUUUCACGAAUCUGUACAGCCGAUUGUUAUCUAUUCCGGUCAUAACACAAAAAUGGGCUGUUCUAUACUUUCUGUACCAGCUGAGUGAUCAGCAGCACACGACGCCGCCAAUCUUGACGAGUCCGUUCAAAGGUCGAGUAAAAACUGGAAGAGCGAGCAGGAAUAUGGAGAGCUUCAUCCCACAGUCGCCAGACUAUGGUUCAACCAGAGAGGAAAAGCCUUUGGUGGAAGCUUUUGCCCCAGAUGGACUGAAGAGACUACCAGUACGCGAAGGAGGCCAACGUGACAGAAAGGAGGAAGACCAAGCAUUCGUCAAAUCUGCUGUCGUUCAACGAGAAGGCGUUGCGCUAAAAACUGCUCUGUUAGCAGAGAACUACGUGGAAAUCGAUCCUCCGGAGACUGCUCUACUCAGAGACUUACCCUUCACUUUGCAAGGUUUGUCUUCUACUCAUCUACCAUUUUCCUCGGAAUCGACUUUGAAAUUACCACCCACAUUGCCGGUUCCCAUCAUAUCUAUUCUGCACACACUCGCCGAACCAUCGUUACUAUAUCGUGGAUUGUCCUCAUUCAGUCAGUCACCUAGCGAUGGUCUCCUCGAACAGAGUUUACGAGCCGCCAUCGGUGGUGAGCUGAGAUUGUAUCUUGGCUUGGUGGCCACUUUGGAGGGGCAAAUUCGGCGAGCCCUCUCGUCUCUUGAUGAAAAAGAACCGAGGGGUGGUGUCGGAAAAGCUGGUGUCACACUGAAGAGAUGCGUGGUUUGGACUCGUGAAGCUACGAUGGGUCUUCGGUUGAUGAGCUUGAUAAGCGAAGAGUCGAAGAGCAAGAAAGGAGGCCAGCUCAUCUCUCUCAUACAUGGAUUUUCGUCAUCACACGGCGAUCCUAUGGUGGGGGCUUUUGCGGAACGGUUGUUGAUACAUGUCACUCGCCCGUUUUAUGAUAUGCUGCGACAGUGGAUCUAUGACGGAGAAUUAUCAGAUCCGUACAAUGAGUUUUUCGUCUCGGAGCAGGAUCCGAAUGCCAUUAACGAUAACCAGGAUGGCGGAAACCGCGGAGGUGCAAGUAGUGUUUGGGAAGACAAAUACAAACUCAAUGAGGAUAUGGUGCCCAGCAUCAUAACGCAAGAUUUUGCCCAGAAGGUCUUCCUCAUCGGCAAAUCCCUGAAUUUUAUUCGAUAUGGAUGUGGCGACUCCCAAUGGGUAGAAGAAUACUCCAAAGCAGCUUCGAAAGAGCUUCGAUAUGGCGAUACAGCUACAUUGGAGACAUGGAUCGAUGAAGCCUACAAGACGACAAUGGCACGACUCAUCCAUCUCAUGGCAGAGAAGUUUCAUUUGUUUGAACAUUUGAAAGCACUCAAGAACUACAUCUUAUUAGGACAGGGCGAUUUCAUUGCUCUCCUCAUGGAGUCUUUGUCUUCUAAUCUCGAUCGUCCUGCAGGCGCCCAAUAUCGUCAUACCUUAACGGCACAACUUGAGCAUGCCAUCCGAGGUUCGAAUGCACAGUACGACUCUCCUGAAGUUCUUCGCAGAUUGGAUGCGCGGAUGCUUCAAUUGUCGCAUGGUGACAUCGGAUGGGACUGCUUCACUCUCGAAUACAAAAUUGAUGCACCUGUGGAUGUCGUCGUUACAGAAUGGGGCAACCGACAGUACCUUAAGGUUUUCAACUUCCUUUGGCGCAUCAAACGGGUUGAAUUUGCAUUAGCAUCGACUUGGAGGAAGUGUAUGACUGGCGCACGAGGAGUUCUCCAAGGAGAAGACAAGAAUGUGUCACAGGCCUGGAAGUUGACAAGAGGCGUACUGGCAGAAAUGAUUCAUUUCAUUGGUCAGCUCCAGUACUAUAUCUUGUUUGAGGUCAUCGAGAGCUCUUGGGAUGAGCUUCAAAGUGCGAUACACAAAGAAGGCUGCACAUUGGACGAUCUGAUCAAGGCUCACACCAAGUACUUGAAUGCCAUUACGCACAAAGGUCUCCUUGGAGCGAAGAAGAAGAUUCACGGCGAGAUCGAUGAUAAUACUUUUAUGGUCCAACUCGGCGAGAUCCUUCGACUGAUGCUCAGCUACCGAGAUGCGGUCGAUGGACUUUACAGCUGGGCCGUUUCGGAUUUUACAAGACGCCAAGGCGCAGAUGUCCGCAAUGAAACUCAAGGCCGACGAGAAGAUGACGACGGUUUAUUGAUCAACACCCCUGCGACUGCUCGUCGGGGACCUCGCCAUCUCCCUGAUUCGACACCCGCUACACUUUCAGAUGAGUCCAUCCCAGAUGAGUUUCCUGUUUUGCAAGAAAGGCUGCAAGCAUUGGGUGGUCAUUUCAAAUCCAGGGUUUGUCUUUUACUAGGUGAUUUGGCAUAUCAACCAGAUGUUGAUAUGAGAUUUUUGGGUGUGGUGAUGAACUUUAAUGAUGUUUAUCAACCUGUAAGAAAGAAGAGUAGAGCGACUGGGAGGUAACAAGGCAGGAGUUCCGCAAAAGGCUGAUAAGAUACCAAAAUUCAGGCGUCAAAGUG